GACGGCGCCGGGAGUCGGUCCGGAGUAAGAGAGGCAGCCUGGUGCUGCUGUCGGAGAGGCGUACAUUUGUUGGUGUGCAGUCUUUUGGGCUUGUUUUCUACCGCUGACCCUUAAAAUGCAUGAAGCCUGAAGGAUCUUCCUUUCCCUGCAUGGACCAUGUCAGAAAUUGCAGAUAACACUCUCUGUGAGAAGUUUGAGGCCAAUGUGUUUGCCAAGAGCCGGUGCCAGAACUGCUUUCGAGUGGUUGGUGCUCAUCAGCGUGGUAACCAGGCAGCAGAGGAUCACAAAGUGAACACCUCUGGUUGUGGGAAUGGUACCAACAACAAAUCCAGCAGUGAUGCCCAGUGGGACCCCUUGUGCAUCUUAGUGCCCCAGUGUGAACUCUAUGUUUGUGUGGACUCCAAGGAAAAGACUGAGAGCUGUCAAGAAAGCUUGGAAUACACCCAGCUCAGCAGCAGAUCUGACCAAGAAUCUAAGGAGGAAUCAGAAGAAAUCGCUGCUUAUCCUGACAGUAGCACUGGCGCCAGCGCUGAUGCGGACACAGAUGCUACACUUGGCAGGGAGUGGGAGAUGACUAGGUUCUUUGACAGCAUAUUGGGAUCCGACAAACAAAACACCAUGUACUAUGCAGGCAAGAAGCAGGAGGUGCGACCUGAAAACCUGCAUGCUGAUAGGCCCAGAUGGAGUGAAUCCACAGCCUCCAAAUCCAGUGGGAAAACAGAGCGUUGGAGUUGUCUGAAAGCAGUCCAUCCAGAAUCCAAGGUCAUGAGCCAAGACCACGCAGACAAAUGGAGGAAGUCUCAAGCAGAGGGGGGCUAUUUCUCUCUGGAGCGUCGGAAAUCGGAACCGAGCUGUAUGUCUUCCCCUCCCCGUGUUGGCCGCAGCCCUUUGCCUGUCCACUGUGAUGCUUCCAGAGUUGGUGGGUACCCUGCUUCCUCCAUCAGCUCUGCAGACUCCAGCCUAAGUUGCCGCCCAAGCAGCAAAAGUGAGGGCCAACAUGGACUUAUGAGGCAGGAGUACACCGUGUUGGCUGACCUGCCCAAGCCAAAGCGCAUCAGCCACAAGGAAGCCUUUGAAAAAGAGCGCAGCAGCUCCCGCACUCGCAGCCCUGGCCGGGCAGAGGUGGAGCGGAUCUUUGGACAUGAGCGCAGGAAGUCGGAGACACUGGAGGCUUUCCAAGCUCUGGAGGAGGGACUUUUGGAUCGAUUGGAUAGUAAGACUCUGAAACUGGCCAAGGAAGGGCAGCUAGUCAGGAGGAAAUCCAACCCCACUUUGCACAAAGAAGCGAGUAAGAGACUUCCACGGGAGCCAGAACAGCCCAAGAGAAGCAGAGGAGAAUCUGUGUGCAUGGGGAAACUUGAGAGAAGCAGUGGAAGCCCAAGCGGAUCUUCACGCUCUGGGAGUCCGACUCAGCGACUGGAGAGAGAGAACAGGGGCAAGGGGGUUUCUCUGCACUCAACAGGCCCCCCUCAGCAAGUGAGGGGAGAGAGGAGGCAAUGGGAGAAGCCUUCUCUCUUGCCAAAAGGCAGUAGAGAGAAGGCUCCUCUUCAUGUUGGAACUCAUGGGAAACACAUGGAUAUCAGUAGAAAGAGAUGCCUGGAGACUGGGCACCAACACGCUAGUUCUGGAAAGACCACAGACAGCAAAUGGAAAAAUUGCCUGGGUGCCUUACACAUUCCCAGCCCCACACAGAGCUUGGACAAGAGUCAAGGAAGCUACAGGGGGCAAAUGGAGAGGUACAAAGAGAGUGACCGCAGGGCCCGAGGCAAACCUUUGCUCCCGGUGGAUACAGCUGAGCAACAGAGGAAGGAUGUAACAGACUGUAGAGAAGCUGUACUUACUCUCAGCCCAGGGAGAGGAAUGGCAGCCCCAGGAAAAGAUAAGCCCACUCUUAGUCCUAGGAGACAGGUAGGGAGUAGCUGGGUAGGUCAAGGGGAGACCAGCCGUUUGUUCAGUCCAGGGAUUUCCACGGGAACCAAUUUGAAAAGCCAUGGGGAGGCUGGGAGUAGAGUUAUUCCUGACAGAUGUACAAGGGGCAACCAAAGAGAAACCAGGCACUCUCCCAGGAAUUCUCUCAGUCCAGAGAGAUCUAUGGGGACUAGCUUCAAAAGCCAUGGAGAGACUGGGCAUAGUGCAAGUCUUCACAGAUCUAUAGGUGGAAGCCAAAAAGAGACUACACGCUCUGUCAGUCCAGAGAGAUCUAGGGGGACUAGCUUCAAAAGUCAUGGAGAGGCUGGUUGUAGCUUAAGUUCUCAGAGAUCUACAGGUGGAAGCCAAAAAGAGACCAUGCGCUCUGUCAGUCCAGAGAGAUCUAGGGGGACUAGCUUCAAAAGUCAUGGAGAGACAGGCCAUAGUGCAAGUCCUCCCAGAUAUACAGGCGGAAGCCAGAAAGAGACUACACGCUCCCUCAGUCCAGAACGAUCUAUUGGGACUAGCUUCAGAAGUCAUGGAGAGGCUGGUUGUAGCUUAAGUCCUCACAGAUAUACAGGUGGAAGCCAAAAAGAGACAACGCGUUCUCGCAGUCCAGAGAGAUCUAUGGGGACUAGCUUCCAAAGUCAUGGUGAGGUUGGGCAUAGUGUAAAUCCUCAGAGGUAUACAGGGGACAAUCAAAGAGAGACCAGGCACUCCAUCAGUCCGGAAAGAUCUACAGGCACUAGCUUCAAAAGUCAUGAGGAGACUGGCCAUAGCGCAUGUCCUCACAGAUAUACAGGUGGAAGCCAAAAAGGGACAACGCGUUCUCUCAGUCCAGAGAGAUCUAGGGAAACUAGCUUCCAAAGUCAUGGCGAGGUUGGGCAUAGUGUAAAUCCUCAGAGGUAUACAGGGGACAACCAAAGGGAGACCAGGCGCUCCAUCAGUCCGGAAAGAUCUAGGGGGACUAGCUUCAAAAGUCAUGAGGAGACAGGCCGUAGUGCAAGUCCUCCCAGAUAUUCAGGCGGAAGCCAGAAAGAGACUACACGCUCCCUCAGUCCAGAACGAUCUAUUGGGACUAGCUUCAGAAGUCAUGGAGAGGCUGGUUGUAGCUUAAGUCCUCACAGAUAUACAGGUGGAAGCCAAAAAGAGACAACACGUUCUCGCAGUCCAGAGAGAUCUAUGGGGACUAGCUUCCAAAGUCAUGGUGAGGUUGGGCGUAGUGUAAAUCCUCAGAGGUAUACAGGGGACAAUCAAAGAGAGACCAGGCGCUCCAUCAGUCCGGAAAGAUCUACAGGGACUAACUUCAAAAGUCAUAGGGAGAUUGGCCAUAGCGCAUGUCCUCACAGAUACGCAGGUGGAAGCCAAAAAGAAACAACGCGUUCUCGCAGUCCAGAGAGAUCUAGGGAAACUAGCUUCCAAAGUCAUGGCGAGGUUGGGCGUAGUGUAAAUCCUCAGAGGUAUACAGAAGACAACCAAAGAGAGACCAGGCGUUCCAUCAGUCCGGAAAGAUAUACGGGUACUAGCUUCAAAAGUCAUGAGGAGACAGGCCGUAGCACAAGUCCUCACAGAUAUACAGGUGGAAGCCAUAAAGAGACGAUGCGUUCUCUCAGUCCGGAGAGAUCUAGGGAAACUAGCUUCCAAAGUCAUGGCGAGGUGGGGCGUAGUUUAAAUCCUCAGAGGUAUACAGAAGACAACCAAAGAGAGACCAGGCGCUCCAUCAGUCCAGAAAGAUAUACAGGUACCGGCUUCAGAAGUCACGGAGGGGUUGGUCAUGUCUUAAGUCCUCAGAGAUAUACAGGUGGAAGCCAAAGAGAGAGUGGAGAGAUACACAACCUGGAGAGAUCCUCAGAAAAUAGGAACAUCUCGGAGGAGGCCAGGCAUUCCCCCAGUCCUGGAAGGCCAGUAGAGAGCAGCUGUUCAAGUCCAAAACAGUUGAGGUGCUGUGGUGAUUCUCAGCAGUAUCCAGAGAACAGCUGGAAAAACCAAAAGGAGGCCUUUGCCGGAAAACCUGUGGUCAGUGCAGAUAGUGACUGGUCUAGCAAAGAACAGCAAUCAACCUCUUACACUUCUAAAAAGCAGAAUGAUUGGGACAGUUGUGGAAAAUCCUCAUACCGCACAAGUCCACCUGCUAAUGAGGAGAUGAAUACUGACCAAGGAGACCCUUGUCCCUCUAUGAAUCCGUUUUGGACACCUGAGAAUAACCAGAGGAGUUUAGAAGGACCCUUGUGCCCCAUGCAUACAAUGCAACUAGUGGAGCAGGAGUGUAUAAGCAGCAGAGGACACCUGCAUUUUACAAAGCCAGGACAACGGCAGCUGGAGACCAACAGGAAAAACCAAGAGAGUUCAACAGAGUGGAUGGCAAAUGAAAGGAUGCAUCAGGAAAAGUGUCAGAGUCUCAUGAAGUCAGAGAAAAAAGUGGAGAACGAUGGCAGGAAGGAAGAGAAGUUUUUGCAACAGCCCCAGCUGGACAGAGGACCACCUGUGAAAACUGCUUGCACCUCAGAAAGCCCAGACCUUAAUCUGAAUGCUAAUCAAAAACACCAGCCGGAUCUUCUCAAUUUCAAAAAGGGAUGGAUGUCCAUACUGGACGAGCCAGGAGAGUGGAAGAAGCACUGGUUUGUGCUGACGGACUCGAGCCUGAAAUAUUACAGGGACUCCAAUGCCGAGGAGGCAGAUGACCUGGAUGGAGAGAUUGACCUUCGCUACUGCACUGAUGUGACGGAAUUUGCAGUGCAGCGGAACUACGGCUUCCAAAUUCAUACUAAAGAUGGCGUUUUCACAUUGUCUGCAAUGACAUCAGGGAUCCGGCGGAACUGGAUUGAGGCACUGAGAAAAAAUAUACGUCCUGCCAGUGUUCCAGAUGUUACCAAGCUAUCCGAUUGCAACAAAGAAAAUUCCUUCGGCAGCUACGGAUCCCAGAAGAGCUCUUUCAGGCCAGAAGAGCAGCGCCCAGGCACAGCAUCUGAAGUUAUACCCAGGGGCACCAGCAGGAAAGCAGAUGGGCAGCGCCGUGCUUUCGACUACGUUGAGCUGUCCCCCUUGCAGCACGGGCUUUUAAAUCAGGGGUCCCCACAACGGACGAGGGGGAGUACAAGAGCCUCUGAAGGCAAGUGCGAGGAGCUGGAGCGGGACCUGGCUCUCCGUUCGGAGGAAAGGAGGAAGUGGUUUGAGUCUCCUGCCAGUGGGAUACUGCAGACAGAUGGCUUGGCACGGAAUGCCUCUCACAAGGCAGACGACCAGGAGUCUCCAGGGUCCCCCCUUUCUGACACUCAGAGGAGUCGGCUGAGUGAAGAGAUUGAGAAGAAAUGGCAGGAGCUGGAGGGCCUGCCCCUCAAGGAGUCCAAGCGAGUCCCUCUGAUGGCCCUGCUGACCCAGAGCAAAGAGAGCCACGAAGACAUCAGCGAGGCACUGGAGAAAGAGGUCCAGGCCCUGAAAUCACAGCUAGAGUCCUUGAGUGCCCAGAGCGAGGCCAGAUCUCACGCAGACAGGCACACCCCACGAGGCUACAUCUCUCAGGAUGCAUGUGAGCGCAGUUUGGCAGAGAUGGAGGCUUCCCACCGACAGGUCAUGAUGGAACUGCAGCGGCAUCACCAGCGGGAGAUGGAGCGGCUGCAUCUUGAAAAGGAGCGACUUCUGGCAGAGGAGGCAGCUGCCACAGCUGCAGCAAUUGAAGCACUGAAGAAAGCACACAGAGAAGAACUGAACAGAGAAUUAGGUAGAACACGCAGCUUCCAAAAAGGCGGCUUAGACUCAGAUGCUCUUCGACGGCAACAUGAGUCUGACGUGGAGUCUCUGAAGCGGGAGCUGCAGGUGCUCUCAGAGCAGUAUUCCCAUAAGUGCCUGGAGAUUGGGGGCCUCGUGGCAAAGGCAGAAGAACAGGAGCAAAUACUGCAGAGUUGCCAACAGGAGGGAAAGGAGCUGCUGCGGCACAACCAGGAGUUACAGAGGCGCUUGUCAGAGGAGAUUGGGCAAUUACGGGCAUUCAUUGCGGCCCAGAACUCACGUGAUGGUGCUUCACACAACAAUGAGAGGAACGUUUGUGAACUAGAGGUGCUGCUCCGAGUAAAGGAGAAUGAACUCCAGUACCUGAAAAAAGAAGUCCAGUGUCUUAAAGAUGAGCUUCAAAUGAUGCAAAAGGAUAAGAGGUUUGCCUCUGGGAAGUACCAGGAUGUCUACGUGGAGCUGAACUACAUCAAGCGGCGGUCGGAGCGAGAGAUUGAGCAACUGAAGGAGCAUCUGCGCCUGGCCAUGGCGGCCCUACAAGAGAAGCAGACUCUGCACAACAGCAUUGGUUAGUUGACUUUGCACCUUCACCUUGGAGACUCUACGUUGUUCACAGACGUUCUCUUCCAGGAAGCUGGACCAAGACUCCCAUCAGUGAAUAUCCAUCACAUGCACCUCCAUAGCUGAACAUGUUUGGGGGCUGGAUCCUACUAUUUGCACCUUCUUUGGGGAUUUUAUAUGUGAAAAAUAUAUUUUAUAUAGUUUUGGGGAGGGUGUUGCAUUUUAAAAUCUAUACCAUGUUUUUAACUAGCAGCUGACCAGAGAAGUGAGCCCAAUUCUUGCCACUUUGCAGUCAUAACUGAUCCCUCUUACAGUUAUCCCCCAAACCCCCAUUUCAGAUCCCCAACGGAUAGUUUUGAUCCAAGAGAAAAUGUAUUUUGAGAGGCACUGAGCUGGAGGAACAUUGUACCGAUGGCUUUAUCUGAAGCACCAGUUUGUCUGGGGACCACAGACUGUACGGAGUUUUGUGUUGUAUUGGUUCUCUUUUGUUGUUGUUGUUUGGGGACUGACUGUUUAUAUUAAUGUACUAGAAACACAGAGAGAUUUUCUAUGCCAGAGAAACUUCAAUGCAUCCCACUACAAAGCCUCCCCACCCCCCAUAUUCCAGAAGUGCAUCUUCUACCUGUGUACUCUGGGGGAGGGGGGGGGGUUCUUUGCUGCUGUUGUCGUCAGAGCCAAACAAUUAAGGCGGCUACUUCUCGCUGCACACUUACUAUUGUAUAACUUAAUAAAAACUUUCAGCUAUUCAAAA